GCUUCUAAGAAGAGUACCAACGAUGAGGAAGCCCACAUGUUAAUCCGUUUUCACUGAUCCCACUGAAGAAAAUGAAGCCACGUUCCAGCUUUGCCAAUCCUUUUCCCGUCACUGUUGGCUGAAUGAGAAAUGGUCGUGUGAUUAUGCUGACACCCCAGCAUGCAUUUGGUAGACCUGUGGUUAACUCGUUCCCUCUCCAUGUGUCUGCUCUUACAAAGUUUUGUCCUCAUGAUACUGUGCUUUCAUUCUGCCAGUAUGUGCCCGAAAGGCUGCCUCUGUUCUCACUCCGGAGGUCUGAACGUCAGCUGUAGCAAUGCGAACCUCAAGGAGAUACCCAGAGAUCUUCCACCAGAAACAGUGUUACUUUAUUUGGACUCCAAUCAGAUAACAUCUAUCCCCAACGAAAUUUUUAAGGACUUGCACCAACUGAGAGUCCUCAAUUUAUCAAAAAAUGGGAUUGAGUUUAUAGAUGAACAUGCCUUCAAAGGGGUGGCAGAAACCUUGCAGACUCUGGAUCUGUCCGACAACCGGAUUAAAAGUGUACACAAAAACGCUUUCAACAACUUAAAGGCCAGAGCCAGAAUUGCAAACAAUCCCUGGCACUGUGACUGCACGCUGCAGCAGGUGUUGAGGAGCAUGGCCUCCAACCAUGAGACAGCCAACAACGUCAUCUGCCAGACUUCUGUGCUGGAUGAACACGCUGGUAGACCGUUCCUCAACGCUGCCAACGAUGCUGACCUCUGCAACCUUCCUAAAAAGACUACCGAUUACGCCAUGCUGGUCACCAUGUUUGGCUGGUUCACCAUGGUGAUCUCAUAUGUGGUUUAUUACGUCCGGCAAAAUCAGGAGGAUGCAAGGAGGCACCUUGAGUACUUGAAAUCCCUGCCAAGCAGGCAAAAGAAACCAGACGAAGCCGAUGACAUUAGCACUGUGGUAUAGUAUUCUGAAUACAAUGACUGCCUUUGUGAUGGAAUCUAGAUUUGGAUGACACUAAAACCAGAGGUUUACUUCUAACGUGCAUUGUAAACAUUAAAACUUUUGGGGUUGUUUUUUUCUGUUUAACUGAAUUAUGCCACUGUUGAGCUUUCUAACAGAAAGUUUUGUCUGGGUGGUAUACUUUAAUUAUUUCUCUGGUGAUAUCCUAAAGUAAGUGAAUUAAUAUGUAAAUGUUAGUUUAGACCCAUUCCACUAUUUAAUAAUGAAAUUUAUUUUUUUAAUUUAAAAACCAAAUAAAAGCUUAAAUUUGAACCAUGUAAAA